UUUGUUUUAUAAGAAUUUGGUGGAGAAUAUAGAUUUUAGCAUCAAACAGCAUAUAAAAAAGGAACUUAGGCUGCGUUAAUAAUAAUGGAAUAAAAUAUACCAGAGUGCUGUUAAUAACAUUUUGUAAAAUGUUAUUUUAACAGAGGAACGAGACAAAAAAUAAUGGCGGGAGCUGUAUGGCGUGGGCCGAUCUCUCUCUUUUCCAACCGGCGGUAGUUUGCAAUUUUUAUGCUGCCGAAUGGUUAUGCGAAGGGAACUUACAAUUAAGAAUAUUUAAAUACUUUAGUUGGUGUACAUAAAAGGGUUUACAAAUAUGAACAACACAGCAUCGCCACCAGAUGUUCUCCAGACAGCGGGCAAUAUUCUCGAGUGUCACGACUUUCGAGACAGACAUAAGCCGGAACUUUUAGAGUUGACAGGCAUUAGUCAGCAUGGAAGAGCAACAAUGAGCGGUCUCAACGAUUAUGACUAUCAAACACUGGGACAACUGACCUCCGGAGACACACAUAACCUACAACAGCUGCGAACGCUCACGAAAUGUGGAAUACCUAAUGAGGUCCUGGAGCACUUUAAGCAUAUCAAAUGCCACUGCAUAAUGGGUUUAUUUCCGGAUAUUGGACGCGCCUGGCUGACAAUCGAUUCGGAUAUAUAUAUAUGGACAUAUGAGCAGACACGGGACGUAGCCUAUUACGACGGACUUAGCCACUUAAUACUGAGCGUUGGUAUGAUAAAGCCAAAGGCUGGCGUUUUAAUCAACGACGUCAAGUAUCUGCUGUUGUUGGCGACCCCAAUUGAGGUGAUUGUAUUAGGUGUGACAUUUGAAGAACAAAAGGAUGCUAGAGGAUGCACAGUAAAUAGCAGUCGAAUGCAGCUAUUGAAUAAACCGCUAUUCGUUCUUAGCACCGAUAAUGUUACUAUUAAUGUUAUCGAGGGAACAAAGGAUGGACGCAUCUUUAUGGGUGGUCGCGAUGGCUGUCUUUACGAAAUUGAUUAUCAUUCAGAGUCGAGUUGGUUUGGCAAGCGUUGCAAGAAGAUAAACCAUUCGCAAGGACUCGUCUCCUAUAUAGUACCAAGUUUUCUAAAAGUUUUCUCGGAGGUGGAUCCUAUUGAGAAAAUUGUUAUUGACAAUCGUCGUAAUUUGCUCUAUGCAUUAACUGAAAAGAGUUCCAUUGAAGCCUGGCACAUUGGUAAAAACUUUACGAGUGUGCGAAGGUUGGGUAGGAUUACACAAAAUGAUAUAGCCAGCCAGGCGGUCAACUUAAUCAAAACUGUUGAUCCAUCUAUUUUCAAGAGCGUAAAAGCCAUUUGCCCGCUCAGCCCAGAGAAUUCAAAUUUCUUGCAUCUCGUUGCUGUCACGCAAUGUGGAGUGCGUCUUUAUUUCUCAACAAACCGACUAAAUGUACAACAGCAAAAUUUAAACUACUUGCCGGAUAGCUAUGGCAUGUCCAAUAAUGCCAAUAACCCGUUGCCGAUGACACAGUCAGGAGAUACGGAAACACCAAGAGGAAUUUAUUUGAUGCAUGUUCGGCUUCCACCUGGUUACACGCCGAAUGCAACAACCAAUAAACCGAAGCAAGUUCAUGCUGCAUAUCACAGCGAGGGCACAAUGUUAAUGAUCACAACACAGCAGCAGGAGCAGGACUUACUGUGGUCCAUUAGCUCUGCGCCAUUUACCAAUUUUUCAUACCUCGUUGAAUCAACAGCGUUGGAGAGUCUGGAUGGCAUCGUUUGGAGUAUCUCGGAAGUCAAGGAUCUGAUUUUGGAUAACACGAAUUCCUUACUAUAUAAUGCGCGUACAGCACGUAAAAUCGUUUUGCUUACCAAUCAAGGUACACAUGUUGUGGAGUUGAUGAAGUCGGCUCAUAUACUUCAGCAGUUGCUAAUAGCUUGCAAGGGUCCCCACAAUGAGGCAGUGAAAAUGUUCUUUCAAACUCAGAAUGAUCGGGAAGCUUGCUUUACUGCGUUAUUACUGGCUACUUCGGAUCUUCUACGUGGCAGCGAUAUUGCCUUGUGGGCCACUCAGGCAUUUAUGUUAUACGGUGGAGAGCCGUGCUAUCAACAUUAUCUAAAUUCAGCCAAUAUUCAUAAUAGUACCAUCAACACAAACCCUGGCCUUCCUCCGAUGUUCAUGUCCACACCUAUGCCAAAUGCAACCAAUAUUGGCUCAAUGGCUAAUCAAUACAAUCAACCAAUUAGUCCAAUUUCAGCUGCACAAGCCUCACAACAACAACAACAAUUCACACAAAAGCAACAACUCUCAGUGCCAAGCAAUGAGAAUUCUCCAAUUCUUUAUUCGGCAAAACAUGAUGGACUCUUUUUGUAUGUGUCACGAAUGUUACGCCACAUUUGGCAAUCGCAUUGUGUUGAUGAGAAUCUGCGCUCGAUACUGACUUUUACUGAUUGCUCUAUGGUCUUAUCCGAAUUACGUGCAUUGCGCUCCUUUUUGGAUAAACACUCAGUUCAUGAUCUUUCUGUAACAAGACGAAUGCCAUACGACAGUCAUUUGGGUAGAUCGAGCGCUGUUAUGAUGAACAGCACUCAAAUGCCGCUAAACGAACAUCGCAAUCUUACAGAGCAGGCCCAAAUUGAGGAGAAACGAUCGCUGUCCGCUCUAAAUCAGUUUAUCAAACACGCCUGUGAGGUAAUGUCGCUUUGGAGCAUCCUAAUUGAUCAUCAAUUUCAAUUGCUUUGCCAACAAUUGUCGCCGGAGCAUCAGAAAAUGUUAAGAUGUUGCACAUUCCGGGAUCUGCUAAUAACUCGUUCUGAGGUGUGCGCUUUUCUGAUCAUUGCUCUAAUCAACCUGUACCUCAAAGAUAAAGCUGAUGUUACAGAAGUGUCAGAUAGCUUGCGACAACUAUGCCCGAAUCUCUAUAGACACGAAGAUGAGGUGACAUAUAAGGCCACCGAAAUAUUGAUGAGCGCUAGAAGUUGUAAGUCAGCAGCGGAAAAGCAACAAAAACUGUCCAUAACAUUGCGAAUGUGCUUGGAUGCUGCGCCAACUCUACCACUGCAUAGUAUUUGCCAACAAUUUAUUUCGGUUGACUUCUAUGAGGGAGUUGUUGAGUUAGCUGCCACAUGUGCAUCGAAAAUGGAUCCAGAGGAAAUCGGCAUUCAUUAUUAUAAUAACAAUGAGCCCGCCGAGGAUCAUGAGGGCUACUCAUGCUUUGUGACACGUAUGAACUAUUACAAAGAAGUACAGAAUAUGCUUGACUAUGCCUACAACACAGUUCGCAACAGUAAAUGCGAUCAGGAUCAGACUCGACUAUUCCAACAAAAUUACGAAGAAAAUCAGGAUCAUAAUGAUAUGGAAAAUAAAUCAAAACAAAUCAUUAAGAAGAUUACAAGCCAAGCACUUCGAAUGAAAGAUCCACUAAUGCACGUUGCAAUAUAUGAAUGGCUGCUAACCCACGAAAUGAACAGCGAAUUAUUGGAUUUGAUUGAGCCCUCAUUGGGCGAAUUCUUACGGCGUAGUGUUAGUCGUAAUCCAGAGAAUGUUAAAUUGAUUGACUUACUGUGGAAGUAUUACGAGAAGAAUGGACAUCAUCAUCAAGCAGCGCAGAUUCUCGAUAACUUGGCCAUGACGAGGAGUGAGAACAUAUCUUUGGAUGUUCGCAUCGACUACUUAGUACGCGCUGUCAUGUGUAUGCGCAAUGAAAGCGUUGGCUCAUCCGUGACCAACGGCAUAUUUUUGAAAGAGUUGGAGGAUAAGUUGGAAAUUGCGCGCGUUCAAAAAUCUGUGCUUAGUGCGAUGGCAUCGCUUUUAAAUACAAAUGAAGCUGCUAGACAGGCUAUGAAGGAUUUAAAUAUCGCUCUUUACGAUAUCACACAAUUGUAUCAGAACUUUGCUGAACCGUUCAAUCUAUGGGAGUGCCAGCUGUCCAUUCUUAAUUGCUCAAAUCACAAUGAUCCCUUGCUGAUUGAAUCCGUAUGGGGCAAUAUAAUUAAUAGCGCUGUCGAUGGUCCUGGUACAGCACAGGAACGCAGCGUACAGCUCUUUACCAAAAUUGAGCUUUUGGUUCGUGAGUUUGGUGAAUCCGGGCCAUGUUUUCCAUUUGCUUUUCUCAUCAGGGAGCUGGAGAUAAAAGCCUGUCAACUCAAUUUGCCUGAGGGAACAGUACCAGAAAAGCUAUUUUCCAUGAAGCUGGAUAUUGAACUACUCCUAGAAUACUACUCCAGAAUGAUUUCCAUGAACGAGCGCAUUUGGGCGAACGAAGGCAACGAGUGGCACUUGAUUCAGUCGGCUAUACGAGUCGUUACACUGCUGGCUGAUAAUGUCCAAGCUAUUUGGUACCGAUCCAAGCGACGAAUAUUGGGCAAGGCACAGGACAUAGUCGCGGCUUGUUUGAAUAUUUGCUAUCAGAAGCCGGACACCAAUCGUUUGCAGCAUUCUCUUAAGGAGCUUCAAUGCCGUUUGCAACGGCUAUUAGGUUAAUGUCUCUGACAGUAGUUAUUU